CGGAAGGGGCCGGGGUUUGCUCGAAUGGCGGUGCAAAAGCAGAGUGGCUUGAGUCAGAUCCCUGGUAGGAGCUGCAAGAAAGAAGGCCAGGUAGUCAAGCAGCGUAAGAGGGAGCAUGAUCACUGGCUGCUCAGUGGAGAAGACUGCAGCGGGGAGUGAGGUUAAGGCAAAUGUGAAAGACUGUUGCAGUAGUCCAGGCAGUAGUUGACAUUAUCUUAAACUAAGCCACCCAGUACACCAGACGUUUGACUACCACCGAUGUCCUCAAAGAAAGGCCUAAUUGUAUAAAGGAAGUUUUAUUGAAGAAACAGAGAUUCAUCCCAUUUCUAAGAUUAAUAUUUACAAUUUGGAUUUGUCGACCUUCUUGUAAGAUAUAUUUGGCAAUCAAAAUGAAAGCUUUCUUUGAAGUUUUAGAACAAUUAUACAGGAAAGUACUUCUUGGAGCCACACUUGAAAAUGACAGCCAUGAUUACAUCUUUUAUCUCAACCCAGCAUUUUCAGAUCAAGAUUGCUCUACAACCACCUCCUCAGACUGCUCAAACAUCCUUGAUGUUCAGGGCAAGCAUCAGCCAUCCUCUGUCAAUUUGGCUACCCCUUCUGUAGCACCUGUGUGUUUGCAGAGACAUUUUCAGAUGAACAGUACCCGAGAAAUAAUGCUCCUUCAGUUAACAGUGAUUAAAGUGAUGAUGACCAGAAUAUUAUCUGUCGAAACUGAAUUGCAUGCAAAGGAGAAAUAUAGAGAUAUAAUUAAAAUGCUUUUAAAAUCAUCUGACAUCGAUUCUAAAUUAACCUGUAUGUUCCAAAACUCGGAUAAAUUGUUAUCUCACAUGGCUGCAAAGUGCCUUGCACUACUUCUGUAUUUCCAAUUGAAGGAAAAGAUAACAUUGAGUAAUUCCUGGAUUUCUUUUUGCCAAAAAAAUCUUUCUGAAUAUACUGAAAGUGAUAAAGUAGUACACUGCCUCUGGAUGCUUACCUUUGUAAUAAAAGAAAUCUUUAAAGAUACAUGUUCACAAAAAACAGAAAUUCUAAAGCAGUUCCUGACUCCUUUUGACACUAUUUUUGAAGUCUUUUACAAUUCCUUAUUUUCUCAGCAUUUUGAAAACCACCAAGAUACUUCUAAACUAAUAAACAGCUUGAUAUGUUUCCUGGAAUUGCUUGAACUUCUUAUAGCCUCCAGAAUCCACCUGAAGUUACAUUUCUCUUGCCAGAGGAUGUUAUUUUUGAAACCUUCUUGUGUGUUCAACGUUAUUACCUGGCCUAUUCAGGCUUUUGUCAAAAGGAAAUUCAUCAUAUUCAUCAAAAAGUGCCUUCUCUGCAAAGUGGGUGAAGACCUUUGUCGGGGAUCCGUCCCUACCUUCAUGGCACCAGAUCAUCCUUUAGAUGUGGACCUGUUGGCUUUGGCUGAUGCUGUUCUGCAAGCUGUGGAUUUGGGCUUUUUGAGGACACUGUCUGUCUAUGGAAAACCUUCCUGCUUUGGAGGCGAUGAAGUCCAACCUGGAUGUGAAUGUGUCCCUGGUCCAGAUCAUGUGAUCCUUAGAGCAGCGAGCUUACUUAUCAUUAGAUCCUUAGAAAUCAAGUUUCAAAAUGGUGCUUCAGCAAAUGAAAUGAAAGUUGAUUUACAGAGGUUCAUGUCUGAGUUACUGACCUUCUUAAAGCCUCACCUUCAGCCGUCUCUGCGAUCACACAAUCUUUGUGAGUGGUUGUCUAGGGUCUUCAUAGAACAAGACGAUGACAUGCUGGAGGCUGCCAAAACAGCAAUGGGCAUCUACCUGAAGUUGACCAGAGAAUGUGAAGCUACUGAAAGCUUGACCCAAGAAAAAGAAAUGUGGAACCAUCACACACAUGAAAAUGGCUAUAAUCCACACUGUGUUUUUUUAUUCUUAUUAAAAAAUAUAGGAUUUGAUUCUACAGUUCUUCUUGAUUUUUUGAUUUCAUCAGAAACCUGUUUUCUUGAGUAUUUUGUUAGGUAUUUAAAAUUAUUGCAAAAAGACUGGGAUAAUUUUUUCACCAUUUGCAAGUACUUUGAUAUAACUGAAUCUAAAGAUAAUGUAAAUAUUUGUUGUUGUAUCUCCUCACUUGUCCAAGACAGAAGCAGCAACCAAACAGAGCCUAGUCCUUUGGCUGUUCUUGGUAAUCACAGAGAUGCUCAUGCUUGGGUCUCCUGGGCUUCUGAAGCGUCUUCUGAACCACUGAACCAUGCUGUGAUGUCUGAGGAGGCCCAGGCCACACUCCAGGCUAAUAAUCUGUCUCCCCAACGAACUUCUCAAAGUCUGGUAGAUUAUGAAACCUCUGAUGAUUCUGAAGAAGAAUCCACAGACCAGCGUUUAGCAAACAGUAGACUAACAUCUUUACACCAAGAAGCAAUGAAGAAAAUUCAGGACACAAUUGGAACAAGUAGGGAUAAAAAAGAACUUAUCCUGGAGUCUCAGUCGAGGUCUCUGGUUCCCAAAGAAUCUAAUACUCCCUUCUCUGUUGAUUGUGACAUAGGCCCAAAUAACAUUGUUUCUAAAGUGGGAAUAUCUUACAGAACAGUAAAGUGCUUUGAAGAGCUACAAGGUGCCAUUUAUCGUUUGCAGAAGAAAAAUCUGUUCCCAUAUAAUCCAACAGCACUUUUGAAGUUGUUAAAACAUAUUGAGACAAUAUAUAAUAGAAGUAUGACUCCUUUGUAAAACAGGAACUGGUUUUCCGUAAUAUAAUUGUGCCUUAAUGAGGUAACAGUAAAAAAAAAAACAAAAAACUUCAAAAGGGUUUUCUAACAUGCUUUUCCUUUGCCUUUUGGAAGCUGCCUAGUGACUGAAAAAGAUAUAUCAAAUGAUAAGUCACUUGAUACAAGUACAGCACUCAAAAUUUAUGGUAGUUCAACUUACACAAAUUUGGGAUAGUUAUUGUAUUACUUUCUUAUUGCUGCUGUAAAAAUUACCACAAACUUGGUGGCUUAAAACAACAGAGAUUUAUCCUUUCACAGUUCUGGAGGCUAGAAGUUCAAAAUCAAGAUGGCUACAGGGCCACACUUUCUCUCAAGGCUCUAGGGGAGAAUCCUUCCCUGCCUCUUCCUAGCUUCUGGCCAUUGCUGGCAAUCCUUGGUAUUCCUGGACUUCCUGGACAUCACUCCAGUCUCUUUCUCUGUUGUCACAUGACAUUUUCCCUGUGUGUCUAUCUGUAUCCAGUUUCCCUCUUGUAAGGACACCAGUCACUGGGUUAGGGCCCACUCUCAUCCAGUGUGACCGCAUCUUAGCUUAAUUAUAUCAGCAGGUACCCUAUCUCCAAAUAAGGCCACAUUCACAGGUUCUGGGUAGAUGUGAAUUUGGGGAGGGAUGCUGUUUAAGCCAGUAUGGCUAUUAUUUCCCCCUGAGGUAUUUACGUGUAAUGUAAUAUGUAAAAAACUUGAAUCUUAGCAGUUUUUUAAAGAGAGGUGAUUAGCUCUAUAUGUAUAUAUGUGGUCUACGAACACAAAUGUAUUCUUUAAAAAGAGUUUUAAUAGGUAAUUUUCCUAUUUAAAAUUGUUGUGAUAUGGAUAAUUAUAUUCUGUCUUUUUGAGAGGAGGCAGUAAAUUCAAGUUUUCACGUCAUUACAGGCAUACCUCAUUUUAUUGUGCUUCACUUUAUUGUGUUUUGUAGAUACUGCAUUUUUUACAAAUUGAAGGUUUGUGGCAAUCCUGUGUCAUACAAGUCUUUUGGUGCCGUUUUUCCAACAACAUUUGCUCACUUUGUGUCUUUGUGUCACAUUUUAGUAAUUGCAAUAUUUCAAACUUUUUCAUUAUUUGUUACAAAUAUAAAACUAAUGGAUGAGGAGUUGCUUCUUAUGGAUGAGCAAAGAAAGUGGUUUCUUAAGAUGGAAUCUGCUCCCGGUGAAGAUUCUGUGAAGGUUGUUGAAAUGACAACAAAGGAUUUAAAAUAUUAUAUAAACUUAGUUGAUAAAGCAGCAGCAGGGAUUGAGAGGAUUGACUCCAAUUUUGAAAGCACUUCUACUAUGGGUAAACUGCUGUCACAUGCAUUGCUUGCUACAGAGGAAUGGUUCAUGAAAGGCAGAGUCCAUCAGUGGGGCAAACUUCAUGGCUGUCUUAUUUUAAGAAAUUGCCACGGCCACCGUGAUCAGUCAGCAGCCAUCAACAUCGAGGCAAGACUCUCCACCAGCAAAAAGAUUACACCUCGCUGAAGGCUUAGAUGAUGGUUAGCAUGUUUUAGCAAUAAAGUAUUUCUUUAUUAAGAUAUAUAGGCAUAAUGCCAUUGCACACUUACUAGACUACAGUAUAGUGUAAACAUAACUUUCAUAUGCACUGGAAAACCAAAAAAUCCGUGUGACUCACCUUGUGAUAUUUGCUUUAUUGUGGUGAUCUGGAACUGAAUCCACAAUAUCUCCAAGGUCUGUAAUGGAUUUAUAUACUGAGAGCAUAACUAUAUUGCGCUGGUCAGUCUGUCAUUAAGACAGUCUGAAAUGUUCUUAAAAUAUUUUUUAAAUGAUCCUUUUAUAGAGAAAUAUAAGGAGACUGAACCUAUCAGACAUUAAAAUAUAUUUUAAGGCUGUGUUAAUCAAAACAGGGUAGUACUCAUUCAGGUAGAAAUGGGAAGAUCAGUGGAACUAAACAGAGGAUGGCUAAUCAAAAUAACAGAUACUAAUGUUAACCAAAGAGAAAUGCAGAGGUCAAAAACUCUGUUUGGUAACAGAGUUGGGGGUAUACAUUGGAGCAGCUUCUACAUAAAUUAAAAAGUAUGUAUCUUCAAGGAUUUUCAAUGCCACAUUGUUUAUAAAAGCGAAAGACUAGAAAUAAUCUGGUUAAGUAAGUCAUAAUAUAUAUAUUCAUAGUAUGUAUGCUCAGUUAUAUAUACUUGUGGAAAGAAUGAGCUGUAUUCAUGUUUACAGAAAUGAAACAUCUACAGUUAAAAAAAGUGAGUAUACUGGGCUCCCAUUUGUUUAAGAAAAGAAGGUGGGGAAGGAGUAAUACACACACAUUUAUAUAUGCCUUUGUGUGUUUAUAAAAUAUUUAUGUAGGAACAUAUAAGAAAAUACUAAUAGUGGUUGCCCUGGGAAACAGAUCUGAAGUACAAAAUUUGACUUCUCAUUAUAUAUCUCUUUCUACUCUUUUUUUUAAUUGGGUACCUUUUUUUUUAGUUAAAAUUUUUUUAAGGAAAGGAAAAAAACAAACUUGAUUCUUUAUGUUCCUAAGGGUACAUAAAUGUUA